AUGAGUAACAAGGUGUCUGACCAGCCAAACCCCACUACAGCAGCUGAUGCUGAUUCUCUUUCCAAAGAAGAAAAGGAAGCCCUGCUGACAAAAAAGAUGAAUAUGAUCCGUGAGCGGAACAAAGCUAUCAGUGAAAGACAUAAGUUGAUUGAGGCAGACAGGAGGAGAGCUGAGGAAGCUGGACAGGCAGUAAAACCAUCUGUAGACAGUCAGUCAUUACCCGCAGAGGGCAUUAAUAAACCUAGGGGCAGAGGAAGGGGUUACUUGUACCAUGUAGACAGUGCUACACCCGGAAGAGAGAAACCAAAGUUUACUGGGAAUACAAGAGAGACAGCUCACUAUGAGCCAAUUGUUGACACCACAGACCUAGGUAACUUUAAGGGCAGAGGUCAUGACAAAACUCCAUGA